UCUGUUCCUGCUCCACAGCUCGCAGCCGAGACACCAGGGAGCCUCUGGGGGCGCUGGAGCGCACUCCCGUCGUUCUGCAGCCGGGGCCGGAGAUGCUGGGUGCCGGCCGCAGCGCCAGGCUGCGGGAAGCAGGUACGGUGCCUCUCCCGGUGGUCUCCUUGCUCACAUCCUCAGAUCCUCAGACCGACAUUUUCAACCCACGAGGAAAUCUGAAGCAGGCUUUCUCCGGACAAGGUCCAAACAUUCUGCUGAGUCAUCUUUUGGCCAGAACCAGGAAACAGUAUAAGAAACGUGGGACUCCCUCCGAGUGCUUCUGGAAAUACUGCGUCUGAAGGGACACGGCCAUCUAUUAGUUCAGAAACAUCCAGCUCAGAACAUUAAAAAUAUAAAUGCUUGACUUGAAAACAGCGUGAGGAACAACUAGGCAAACCACACCCUGUUAUUAUUUGGAAAAAUAAAUCCUCUAUGUUUUGCAAAGAACAUGAGUGGUUAUUCAUAAACAUUAUCUUAAAACCUGUAAUUUUUAUUUCAAUUCACCCUAUGGAAUUCUUUCAGAACUUAAAAGUGAA